AUGGCAUCACUGACUCAGACUGCAGGCUUGCGCGUAGCUGUCGAAGGCUGUGGUCACGGGACGUUGCAUGAGAUCUACGCGUCCGUCAAAAAAUCGUGCGAGCUGAAGGGAUGGCCUGGUGUCGACUUGCUAAUCAUCGGGGGCGAUUUUCAGGCCGUCCGAAAUGCACACGACUUGAAGGCUGUUUCUAUGCCGGAGAAAUAUUAUGCUAUGCAUGACUUCCAUGAGUACUAUUCGGGGGCACGAAGCGCUCCUUAUCUCACUAUUUUCAUUGGCGGCAACCAUGAAGCCAGCAAUUACAUGUGGGAGCUGUACUAUGGUGGAUGGGCUGCGCCUAACAUCUACUACAUGGGUGCGGCCAAUGUCAUUCGACUAGGGUCUCUUCGAAUCGCCGGACUUUCAGGGAUCUGGAAAGGGUACAACUACCGGAAACCGCAUCACGAACGCCUGCCGUACAACAAUGACGAUGUAAAGAGCAUUUACCACGUCAGAGAACUGGAUGUCCGCAAGCUCCUCCAACUUCGCAGCCAGGUAGAUGUUGGGCUGAGUCACGAUUGGCCGAAUGGUAUGGAGUGGAAGGGCAACUAUGGACAACUCUUUCGUUUCAAACCAUACUUUGAACAAGACGCGAAGAAUGGGCAACUUGGAAGUAUAGCGGCGACAACAGUGCUCGAGCGACUACGCCCCCCGCUUUGGUUCAGCGCUCACAUGCAUGCUAAGUUCACGGCCGUGUGGGAGCAUGCAGGUGGGCCUGAUCUUCCAACCUUCCAACACGAGGAAACUAAUGUGCCGGCCGCCUCUAAUGAGGAUGAAGUUGACCUGGACAUCGAUGAUACACCUGUAGUUGAAGCCCCCAAGAACGAUGCUGAGAUUGACCUUGAUCUGGAUGAGGAGGCUGAGCCGAGUUCAUCAGCACCGAAGCAAGACCAGAGUGCGAACGCUCCCGCCCAGGGUAAGCUCGACGACAUCCGGAGCCUCUUGCCAGAUUCUUUCGCGCCUCCGCCGACUUCCUCGAACUUCGCCCCGCCUCCUACUCUGCCGUUUCCGCAGGAGAUAACGAACAGAACUACAAAGUUCUUGGCGCUUGAUAAGUGCUUACCUGGAAGGCAAUUUCUGCAGCUCCUAGAAAUAGCACCUCACUCACCGGCUGGCUACGAAAGACCUCUCAAGCUAGAAUACGACCCAGAGUGGCUUGCGAUUACACGCGUUUUCGCAUCAGAGCUGCAACUGGGCAAUUCUGACGUUCGUGUUCCUCAGGACAAGGGAGACAUCUACUACAGACCAUUGAUUGAGAAGGAAAUGGCAUGGGUGGAUGAGCACAUUGUCAAGCCUGGAAAGAUGGUCGUGCCAGAGAACUUCGCGCAGACCGCGCCGGUGUACGAGCCUGCAACGGGAAUUCGUGUUGCAGGAGGCCCGGAAGAGUAUUCAAAUCCACAUACCCAAGCGUUUUGUGAUCUUCUUCAGAUCCCAAAUCCUUUCCAUGCGACGGACGAAGAGAGACUGCGAAUGAUGCAACAGGGUCCUAAGCCGGACUCCGUACGACCCGACCGACGCGGUGGGUACAGAGGCGGGAGAGGACGAGGUCAGGGCCGUGGAAGAGGCGGUCCCAACGUCAACCGUGGUCGAGGACGCGGCCGCGCUCGGUAG